AUGGAGCAGAAGACAAGUGGAGAGCAGCCAUAUGCCAGACUGAUGCCAGUGCAGCUUAUCAAGAACAAGGCUUCUGGAAAGCUGUUGGCGAUGAAGCGGGUGCAACAAAACAAGCACACGUCCGCCGAGCUGGCCGUUUUCAAGGUUCUCGACAAUCCAUACAUCGUCCGCCUUUACAACAUCCUCCAGGACGAUGAGGAGGUGGACGAUGUAUUGUUUUUUGUCAUGGACUAUUGUGCCGGCGGGGAUCUGAUGAUGUGGAUGAAGCUUCGGGAGCAGCGCUUGGUGGGCGGUGCACCAAAGACGUAUAGGCCGCCUGAGACCUGGUUGGCAGCUGGAAUCCUUUGGCAGAUGUUGGUCGGCAUCGGAUACCUGCACCACAACUGGAUUAUCCACCGGGAUGUGAAGCCUGAGAACUACCUGAUCCAGGAUCAGCUUGCUGACGAAGAUGGUAUGUGCAGAGUGAAGCUUUCUGACUUUGGCCUGGCGAGAAAGAUUGGGCAACGUGAGAAGAUUCAAGAUCAAGCAGGCUCACUGCCAUACAUGGCGCCGGAGGUCAUCAGAGGCUCCUACGACACAGGAUGCGACAUGUGGGGUGUUGGCGCAUGCAUCUACCUCCUCGUCUGCAAUGUCCACUGGUGGGAAGACAUGGAGUACGAAAAGGUGGAGGUGGCAGACUUAAACACCUUCAUCGUCGACAGCAUCUUGGAAAAAGAAGUUCACUUCAACCUCCCCAAUUGGGAGAUGCACCCGGCAGAGUUCAAAGAACUCAUUCAGUGA